AUGCGUAGAGACCCUCAUCUUACGUGGCAUGUCUCCCUCCCCUUUCCUCCUGUGUCGAUUCAGAUUGUGAGCACAUCCAAUGCCUCCCAGACAGUCACCUUGGUGUACGUGGUGGGCAAUCGGAGCUCCUUCCUCAACGGCACGGUCGCCAGCAGCCUCCUCCGCCAGCUCUCGGCUGAGCUGGUUGGGUUCUACCUCACCUACCCGCCGCUCACCAUCGCCGAACCGCUGGAAUAUCCCAACCUUGAUAUAUCAGAAACAACUAGAGACUAUUGGGUAAUUACAGUGCUCCAGGGCGUGGACAAUUCGCUGGUGGGCCUGCACAACCAGAGCUUUGCCCGGGUCAUGGAGCAGCGCUUGGCCCAGCUCUUCAUGAUGUCCCAGCAACAAGGCCGGCGGUUUAAACGGGCCACCACCCUGGGAAGCUACACUGUGCAGGUGGUGCCGGCAAGUGAUGAAGAGGAAGGAGCGGUGCUUUUUGACAACUCUGGCAAGGCAGCUGCCGAUCCCUUUGACACAUCUUCUGGAUCUGUGCAGCUCAUUGCAGUAAAACCCACAGCCCUCCCUGUGGUGCAUCCCACAUCGGACAGGAGCCAGGAGUCGGCAGCCCUCAACGGUGAG